UCUAAACCGUUACAGAUCUCAGUAGAGUGACAAGUUCAGUUAUGAAGAUAUCUUGUUAAAUUUCACUUUUAGUCUGAUAAUCUAAACGACAUGCUUCAAAGUUUGUUUGGACUUUUUUAUCUCUCGGCGCUUUCUCAGUUAGUGACUCUCACAGUCAUAUUUAACAGGUAUACAAGCUACAUGUCCUAUAAAGCUCAACCCACCGAGUGUUGUUGUGGAGUACGGCAGCUCUGUUUCAGUGGAUUGUAGCACUGAUGUCACACAUGAUGGGAUGGGCUGGGAAGCCCCUGAAGGAUCAGUACCCAUGACCAAAGCCAAACUGAUCUCCUGGAAAGUGUCCAACCUGAGACAAUGGGAAAUAAAGCCACAGUGCUACAUGCACUAUGAUAAGAAACAAUGUUCAACUUUUCUCCCAAUCACUAUUUACAAGACUCCAGAUAGUGUCUUCAUCAGCACAGUGGAUCACAGAGGACCAAUGACCGAGGGAUCAUGGUAUGAAUUCCAGUGUGUCAUCAUAAAUGUGGCUCCUGUUAAGAAUCUCAUUGUGAAAUGGUUUAAAGGAGAGACAGAGGUGUAUAAUGAGACCUUCAAUGACACCAUCAAGACUCCAGUGACUAAAACAUCUACACUUGAGAUCACUGCAAACAGAUCUGAUGAUGGAGCUCAGUACAGAUGUGAAGCAGAGCUGGAACUGGGAGCAGAUGGACCUCAACCUCCUCUUAAAAUGAAAUCUAAAUCUAUUCAGAUUACAGUACCGUAUUCACCACAACACAUUAAUUUAGUGGAGAUCAUUAAGAAAACAGAUGGAGACGUCACUCUGAACUGUAAAGUAGCAGCAAAUCCACCUGCUAUUUACUCCUGGUCCUCAGAGCAUUUAAAAGAGAUGAAAAGUUCAGCAGUGCUCUCAUCCUCUACCCUGACUCCAGGAAACUACACAUGCACUGCUACAAACCCUCUAGGAGAGUCCAAAAAAGUGUUUAUCGUCAAUUUUGCAGGAAGUCUCCACACAUUCAUGGGUUUUCUUAUUUUCCUACCGCUGCUGGUUGCUUUAGGGAUUAUCAUGAGUUUGGUCCACACUUGCCUCACCAGAGCCAUUGAGGAAAAGAGUUGUGAAACGCAAGUGCGUGUAGUAGCCUACGCCAAGGGCGACCAAAGUAAAGGAACUGAGAUUGAAAGAAAUGUCAGGAAAUAAAUCAAAACUUGUCAUUAGGUGCCAUGUUCCUUAUUUACGGCAAUAACUAGAUGUUUUUUCGAUAUUGAACAGAUAAAGUAGCCUAGUAGACGUCAUAACAUGUAUGUGACGUCAAUAACUAUGUUGUUGAACCAACGUGAGUCGAACAACAGAUGUGCAACCGUGUUUUCAUGACAAGCUAGUUUCUCCAAUGAUGCAUCAUAAGCAGAGAGUUGUAUGGGAAAUGCAUUACUGAAUUGGUUUAAAAGCACAAUAUGUAAUUUUCACAGCAAGAGGACGCUUAUCCAGUCUACUCGGAUUUUGUAUAUUAUGUCGUAAAAUAUCCUACCCCCGACUUCAAUGCGUUCCGAUUGUAGCAGAGCGGUACUAGAGAGACCACAUGAGCCUAAGAUUUCAAACUCCGACUACGCCACCCCGGGAAUUCCACCCGGGGAAAUUUCAAAUGACCCAAAAUGAUGGGUGAAGGACACAGGUUCGGUCCCUUAUAAUAAAGUAGGCAGGAGACGUGGGUAUAAUGCAAAAUGUUACAAAAUUUUAUUGAUACAAAUAUUUAAAACACUAAAUUUAAAAGACACCAAGUACUCAUACUCCUCUAAAAGAAAGAGGAAGACACAAUAUUAAUAACAAAAAUAUAGAAUAAAAAUAAAGAAAAACAAAUGUUACCAGCAGGGCUGAGGCUCCCAACGGCAGAGGACAGAGUUUAGUUCGAGCAUGCACACUUCCACACAACCACACACACACCAAAGUGCACUCAAACCACACAAGAUGUUACACAGCACACGAUGAGAAGCACCACCACCACUGCAGAAUUUCCUGUCACCCGUGGGACCCCAGCUCCUGCGAUAAACCAAAAAUACAGGUUAAAGACACUUAACAGAACAUAAAUAAGCACAUUUAAUGGAUGGUUUAAACUACUGCUCACAAUUCCUCUACAGUAGUGACCAUUAAUACUACACAUAAACAGCACAGAAAAUAAAGCAUUGGGAGGGUUAAUUACACAUACCGCUCCACUCUCUCACAGUGUAUUAUUUGGGCCACACACACACACACACACACGCACGCACGCACGCACACACACACACACACACACACACACACACAAGGGCACGUUGCAUAAACAAGUAGUCACAUACAGCAAACAAAUUUUGAAACAAAACUGGCUUGAGUUUUGUUCUUAUUUUUUUUAAACCUUAGGUUUUGUUUUCAAAGAAAUAAGACAGAAACGCACUUUCGUCUGUCUGCCGCAAACAUACUAAAGUCGUUUCGAUGACAACGCGGUCUGUCCGCCAACGUCAAUUUUUGCGGAGGCAUUCAGAAAUCAUCUCUCUGGUUGCAGUUAGUCAAUCACACUUGUCGUCUUCUCGUUUACAGCGGUUGCCAAGCAACAUGAGAACGCGUUGCUGCAGCUUGAUGAUGCAAGCGUACCGCGGUUCGGAUGCAAAAAUAAUAUGUGAACAAAGUCCAUGGGGGGCAUGGGGAGGGGGGAGCAAUCAAACUCGGGUUCGGACCAGGCAAUCGCACCAAAUGUGAAACCGUCCUAAAACAGCGCGAAAGGUAAGCGGCAGACGUAUUCACGGCCCAGAACGAGAGGGAGAACCCUAAAGCGGAUACAGAUGUAAACGUUAUGAAUACACAUUACUGUAAAUGUCUGUAAGACAGUUUAAAUGUUUUUUGUUAUUAAUUCAAGUUCAUUUCAAUUAAUGAAAAUUUAAACAGAAGGUAAAAAUGUAACAUGUAAUGUUAAGGAAGUCUAUGUGCAUGUUUCUUUAAAACUACGUGAUGUACACGUGACGCCAGUGUUCUAGCGCGGGACUAUGGAAUUGUGGGACAGAGUGUAGCAACGACAUGGACACGUUAACAUGCUGACAUGAUCGGCUUCCACAAAUAACUAAGAUUUAUCUGCAUGUGGUUCAAAAGGCGCACACGGUAACUGUGUUAAUAUUGUGUUAAAUGUUAUAAUGUUGUUCAUGUGCUGUUAUGUAAGAUGUGUUAUGUAUUAUAUAUAUCGUCUUGUGUAUAAGUGUAUUGUGUAUUGUAAUGUCGUGAUUGGGACUAAUUAUGAAAGGAUUGCGUUUUGUGGAUGUUUAUUAUGACUGUGAGAUGUGUAUUUGAAUAUUAUAUGUUUAUAUUUUUUAUAGUUUUCACGGUGUUUGAAGAGAGAGCGAGUGAGAGAGUGUGAAAAUAAAUUCAAACGACAUCAGUACGAUGCGUGGGCAUUAUUUUAUUGAACCAGUGCAGCUACAAUUACUACUCUCACUUAAAGUUGCGGGUUGCCCACUUACCGCUUCUUACACCAGGCACCUUACAGACAUCGGCAUACAGCUGUCAUGGCAGCCACCAGUGCCCUGGCAUACAUCAGUGUACUCUUACUUGAUCACACUGUGAAACCAUGGAAAAAUGGUAGUUGUAGUCUUCAACUUCGCUGUAGAAAUUGAUCCAACAGGACUCCCAAAUCAUGUCCAUGGAUGAUGUAAUGGAAUAAAGUUUUAUAACUGUUUGUUUUAUAAUGUAAGCCCAUAGGUUUGAUCGAAGCAACAAUAGAAGAGCAUGCUAGAUGGUCCAAUACUACUUUCCCAUCUGGAACUCAGGGGGGUGUUUCCCGCACAACAACAUAACUCUGCUGAACCACAAAUUAGGAGAAACUAGCUAGUCACGACCAUCACAGAAGCUAGUUACAAAAGUUACAAAAUAUAGUUGACCAGGUCUCUCUUGAGGAACUGAUAUCUCAAUAUGAUUUUGCUGGUUAAAUAAAGGUUAAAUAAAUAAAGAAAACACAUAAUAUAUCUAGGGAAUAUGAGUAAUGUGGGUGGUUUUGUUGUAUUAUUUAUCUGUAUUAAAUAAAUAAAUAAAUAAAAUAAUAAAAAUUAAUAAAUCAACACUCAAAUUCAACACUUUUGCCUCACAGCAAGAAGGUCCCCGGUUCGAGCCCCGGCUAGGUCAGGUGGCCUUUCUGUGUGGAGUUUGCAUGUUCUCCCUGU